UCACUUACAACCAAUCGCCUACUAGUUACUAUAUACCUGUAUAUCGGUGCAUGAUAUCCGCACCGUUGCCGUAGCACAAACAUGCGAUGUUCAGUAGAGCAAUAGCAGUUUCACACGUACGCACUGAAACGACUGACUCUACGCAUGUGCUACAGCCUCAUUUCCUGUACCGUCUCAACAAUCAUCAGUCAAAACCAUUGCUGCCACAGCGACCGUGUCUGGUGUAAUUGUGUACAUCGGUGAAAAUAUUGGGCCUAAACAGUUUACGUGACUACGCUACUUCUGUUGUACGAUUCCAAGACAUUUUUUGCGGCGGAAGCGUUCCAGAGACGACAGAGACGACUAUCCACUUUUCGUGGUGGCGUUUUUGUCCGUGUUUGACAAUUACGACAAACAUCGCGCCCCCGCUAUGAUUCACAGCGGCGGCGGCGCCGAUUGUUAUACAGGCACGACGGCAACCACAACCAAUGCUGGCAACCCAACGACCAUGAUGAUGGCGAAUAUACAACAACAACAACUACCACAACAACAACAACAACAGCAGCAGCAACAACAACAGCAGCAACAGCAAACCGCUGCAGAUGCCCCGACUGAUUUCUGGUGGUGGUCGACAACCGCGGCCCAGCAACUCGCCGACGACGGUGGUGUGGUAGCCGGACACCAACACCAGCAAAUUACGUCUUCGUCUUCCCAACAGCAACAGCACCACCAAACGAUGGACGGAGACGAGUUUGACGGUUUCGACUUGUCGCUGCUCAUAAACGGCGCCAGCGACGGAUACUUCAGCGACGCCUCGUCGGCAGACUGUCGGGUGCCCGGGGCCGCCAUUUCCGCGACGGUUACCGUGCACACCAACACGUCCGUGGACGGCGUCGGCGGCGAUGGUAACUGUUACUACCCGACAUCCGCGACGUCAACGUCACUGCAACAGCAACUGGACUUACAGCAACUUCUAUCCAUAUACGAUGACAUGUGUUGUUUGAGCGGCGUCAACACUGAAGAAGACGCAAAAUCAAUUUUCCAUCAACAGCCUCCGGUGGCCCCGCCCGUGGUGUCUACCACGACCGCCGGUGUCCAUCAAUCCAAAACCACCGAGCCGAUAAUCCCGGCCGGCCAGCUUGUCGACGCGACGACGGCGAUGACCGACACCACCUCUGCCUCCAAGGACCGCGCCGGAAAGACCACUCUCUUGAGAUCAUUAUUGACAGCCACAGCACCGCAGCCCUCGAUACCGUUGUCGCCCACUCGCCCUGUUGAUUCGCCGCCAAUGGCCAUAGUCGAAUCCACCACCGAAGUGGCGACGACGACGACGACGACGACAAUUAAGCACGAGGCCGUCUCGCAGAACACCCAGAGCAAAAGCAACAACAGCAACAACAACAACAAACACAGACUGCUAAUCGAAAUGUUACGCGGCGGAAACGCUGACGACGACGUCGUCCCGACGGCCAAUACGGUGAAGCCCGCGCGCCGCAGACCACGUGCCGAGACUAGCUGUUCCGAAGACGAGAGCGGGCCGCCGCAAGGCAGCCGCCGCCGACUAGACGUGCCGCCGUCCCUGCAAAUGGACGGUGGACAGGCGUCCCGACAAGACGUCGCCGACGACGACGAACUGCUGUUGUACGGCGGCCCCUAUUAUUCCGCCGCUACGUCACCGUCGUGGUUGGACCGUAUGGUGGCGGCGGCCGCCGCUGCGACAACGGGCGCCAGCAUUGCCGAUUUUUAUUCAUACGCCACAGACACCGCCGCUGAUCAUCAGGCUCUGCAACAAGACCUCUACCGUCGGCGACAACAACAUCAACAACAACAACAACAACAACAACAACAACAACAACAACAGCCGCAGAACGGCGACCAUGCAGUGGACAUCGUUAACAUCGUGGACGACUGCUGCAGCGUUAGUGAUUAUUGCAACAGCUACGGCAUCGGCGGCAGUGGCGGCUUCGACCAAGGCUACUACUCCGUUGCUUCUGCCGAAGUGGCGUACAGCCCACAGACUUCGGCUCCAGUGCCAUCCGUCACGCCACCGCCAUCUUCGUGUGGCGACCCAUCGACGACGAGCACGAGCGAUGACGGUGAUAAUAAUAUGGUCCAACAAACUUGGAAGACGACUGAAGCAACGGCAUCUGACGACUAUUACGAUAGGCUGCUGAUGACCGUCAUGAUGGAAGCGGCGGCUGCGGCGGCCGAGGUUCAAUCGCCGGCUGGCGAUAGCAAUUGCUCCGGCACAGCUGACAAUGUGUGCAGCAACUACAUCAGUAGCAGCAGCAACAGCAACAGUAGCACUUGUAGCACUACGUUCAAAAGCGCGACCGGUGAUAGUGUCGACGUGAACGGCGACAAUGACAGCAGCAACAACAUGUGCUUCAAAAUCGAAGUGGACGACGACGCGGCCAUUACGACGGCCGCCGAUGACGAUGAUGAUGACGAUGACUACGAGUCGGAAGUACCCGAAACGAAGUUUCAACCGAGUCAGCUCCUCGUCAAGACUACCGCGACGUGCUGUUCGACAACGGCGGCCGUGGUCGAGCCAGAAAAAAAGACAUUGCCGGCCGUUACGACGGCCGUCACCCCUUCCGGUUCCACGUCGUCUUCGCAACACAUCCACUUGUGGCAGUUCCUCAAGGAACUGUUGACAGCAUCAUCGGCAGCCGCGGAGCUGCAGGCGGCCACCGCGGACGGCGAAGCGGUUCAGUGUGGCGCGUCACCAUCGUCACCGUCUGCAUCGUCGACGACGCUCUCAAACGCCGCUGGAAACAAGCCACAGCAGCCGCAGCAGAUGAUUCGGUGGCUAGACCGGAAGCUUGGUGUUUUCAAAAUCGAAGACAGCCAAGCCGUGGCCCGUCUUUGGGGCCGCCGCAAAAACCGGCCUGCCAUGAACUACGACAAACUGUCCCGAAGCUUGCGACAAUACUACAAAAAAGGUAUCAUGCGCAAGACGGAACGUUCGCAACGGCUCGUCUACCAGUUUUGUCAUCCGUACAACGCUUGACGAAACUAGAACUUUAUGAUAUAAUCAAAAAAAUGUAAACGUAUUAUUAUUAUUAUGAUCGGGUCUGUGUAUCAAUUGGAGUGACAUAUUUUAUCAGCACAUGACUUGUUCAGACAUCGCUCAGAAUCUUAAAUCUUAUCAUUUUUCUAUAAUUUCAUUAAAUACUUUCGGGGGGCUCACACCCCCCUCCCUUUUUAAAUUCAAUCUUAUGCUGGCAAGCAUAAACAAUCACCAAACAUUUAACAAAUCAAUAAUGAGCUAAUGGUUCCUUAAACAUGAUUUAUUGGCUCGUGAUUAGUCCAAUUUUCUAUUGGACAUUAAUACAUGUCUCAUACAAUCCGCCAUUGGUAUUGUAACACAGCCCUGAUUCUAGUGUGAUAUAUCAGACUAUAAUAUGUAAGCAUGGUGGUGGUAAUUUUAUUUUUUAUUCUUUUAUUUUUAUUUAUUCUUCGAGAAGAUAAUUGGCCCCCCUUAACAUGUUUGUGUGGGGGGUCAGAACCUAUUGGUAAGCUAAUACUUGUUAGGUUAAAGUAGUGCUUGUACUUCGGCUGAACUAUUGUAAUCAUAGUUCGGUGGAGGGAAAGCGCUCACACAUACAAUAACACACACGCCGUCUCGCGGUCGUCGCCUUCGGACGGGCGGGAGGCGGACGCGAAGCCGCUUAGGCGCGAGCGAUGAACGCGGAAGGUAAUUUUCGCGAGCGCAACUGUCACAACCUUUUUUAGGGUGACGGGGUUUUUUGGGGGGGGGAGGAGUAUUGAUUGUCGGCUGUUUCCGAAAAUCCGGUUAGGUGACGAUUUUGGUUUGUAUGAUCAUUAAUUAUAUUAUAUACCAGCGGUUCUCAACUUUUUUCGAGUUCGCGACCCCCUUUAAUGUCACCAAGAUGUACAACGACCCUUUUCCAAUGUAAGCAUUAAAAAAUUGAACCAACUGUUAUUACUGUAUUUAUUUGUUUAUAUAUCUUACAAAAAAGGUAUAUUAUGUACACUUCAAUGAACGUUUUUAUCGACUUUCGGACUAUCCAAAAAAAUAUAUAUGUAUUAUAACACUUACUAUUAAUUAUAAGAUUCUAAGUGAAACAAUUUUUUCCCAUAUGGAUUGACGACCCUAAAAUAAUUGUUGGUGACCCCCAAAGGAGUCGUGACCCCCCGGUUGAGAAUCGCUGUUACAUACAACUAAAUUGCACAUACGGUUUUCGACGGUAUCUACCUAUAGUUGUAGUGCACGAGCAGGAGAGGAGGGAGAAUAAUGAGGCGCUUUAAGCGCGAUUUUUUUUUUACUAUUUUAAAACUACCCGACCGCUGAGGCCCUCUGCGGCCAUGGUUGGAUUUGGGUGGUUGUUAUCGGUCCCAUAUAUCCAUGAUAUAUUGUCUAUUACGUACGUUCUGUGAACAUGUUUUUUUAAAAUAUUGUAAUUAUAAAAAUAUAUUUUUUUAUUAUACAUAAUAAUUAUUAUGUGAAUUCAAUAUUAUAUUAAAGUAAGAUGUAUAUAUCAUACAUUUAUAUUAUAGAAUUAAUUAUACUUAACAUAGUAUGGGGGGUGGUGAUUACGGUGUCUAUGCGGACUGUAUUAAUCCGCAGACGUAAUACACGCCAAUUGGUGCAGGUACACAAUUAUAUACAUUUUUUUUAUUCAUUUUUUUGAACCUUCGAAUUGGCAAUAUGGCCAUUAACAUUUUGUGGGAGGGUUACUGUUGGUUUUGAGCAACACGCAUGUGGAGCGAAAAAUUUUCACUAAAAAUCGACGAUAUUACGAUAUUAAUAUAUCUUGCAAUUUAUUUCAUUGUACACGUUUGAUUUCAAUUUAUAAUUUAUACAUAUUUGUAACAAUAUUAUUGAUCGUACUCAAGGGCGUAUUUAGGGAGGGGGUGAUAUGGAUGUUGUAACACCCCCCCAUCGGCCGUAUUUUGUUAUAUUUCACCAAACUAAAAACACAGUGCAAUUUGAUCUACAUAAAUCCAAUAAAUAAUACACCACCAAUUUAUUUUCAUUGUAUUGAAUUUCAUAUUUUUUUAGUACCAGUAGUAUAGUGUAUUAUUUAUUUGAUGUGAUAUAGAAUAUACAAGUUUUAUGCAACUUGUAGAUCUUAAACAUACUGUUUUAAAAUAAGGCACACGUGUCGUAUACUAUCUACCAAAAAAAUUAUAUCUACAAAAAUCUACGCAUACGUGUCGUAUGCUAUCUACCAAAUAAAUCCUAUAUAAAAAUCUAUAAACUCAAGUUACUAACCUGCUCAAUGCCUGUUGGUUCACAGUUGUCCUAUUUUAAAUAGCCCGUUUGUUAACAGUUGUUCAUAUUUUAUUUUUUUUUUAUUUUUUUACAUCUUGUAAAAAACAUUCAAAAACAUUUUUUUGAUUGACGGAUCUCCACCAUUCUUCUUGCAAUUAUCUUUCAAGGAGAUUGGUCGCUCCACGAGCUCUGAUUCCAUACUUUACUUUCAUGUGUUUCCAUAAGCAUUCAAUAGUCUGUGUUUGAGCACCUGCACGUGGAUCUAUAAAGUUUUUGCUUUUUUUAACAGUUUGGUAAAGAAAACCAUGUUCUUUAAGAGUACUGUAAGCUCUCCAUUCAUCUGAUUAAAUUGUGGUUUCAGAUUCUAUUUCUUCCACAAUUAUGGGAAGUAAUGUUUCACGACCUCUUUUAUCAACUAUAAAAUAACGGCGCUCCAAAAUAUUAUCUUGACGUAAGCAGCACAUACCAAACACCCAAGGCCCUUGAACGCGAUUUCCGUUAUUUCUAUUUUGGUUUUCAAUAUUUUGAUUUUCUUCGUCAGAACUUGAAUCAGAAUAGGAUUUUGCAUUAUCAUUAGGUCUAUGAUCUCCAAGCCGUAUUCUGCCUCUAUUGUACUUUCGUUUGCCUUGGAAAAGUGACCCGUCAAUUUGUACGAUGUAUCCUUUACCUACCAUUUUUCCUCGAUGUUUAAACUGUUCGACGACAACGUCUUGACACAAAUUAUACCAAUCUGACACUGUGUGAUGUCCUCUACUAGUAAUUUUUUCUGUUUGUAUAUUUUGAAAUUGUUUUGC